AUGCUCAAAGACUCUCUGUUUAUAUUCUUUACAUUUUGCACAACUACAAACAAAUGUAUAGCUUAUGAUUGUGGUGGAUCACAAGUCAACAUCACGUCCUUCAACAGCUUAGAAGUGGACGACUGUGACAUACCAACGCCCGUCGAAAUCUAACACAUGCGAAGAAUAAAACUAUUACAGAAAGCAGAAACACAACCCGUAUAUUUCCAAACAUGUUUUAUUUCCAUCGACUACCUCAUUACCAGCUGUUCAGUAUUUGAAGAUGCACAAAUGGUAGAUGGCGGUUUUUUCUCAGAAAUAAUUGAACUAGGAACUGCUAGAUGUAAAGAAAUCCAUCAACAUAGAGUAUACCACACACCUCUAGGAAAUAUAAUAUCCGGACUCAAAAUCAACCAAACAACUUUAGUACCCCACACUAGUGGUGGUGCGCUCGAUAGAGAAGGAAACUGUGAAGGUACCCACUUUCACCAACCCAAACGGAACUUGGCACAAAGUCAUUGUUCAAGCCAAAUACUCCAUACACCUCGCAGAAGGAAUAGCAACAGCCAACAAUAAAGAAAACAUUUUAAUUCUACCAUCGGGAUCCAGAUUAAAAUUAUCUGACUCAUAUGGAUUAGACCAAUACAAGGGGGGAAUAGUAUGGCAGAUCGAACAUCAAGAAUGCAACAUACGCGAAUUCGAUGUUCUAUAUGACGGAGAAGCGUCAUUAGUAAAAGCAACCACUUAUAAUUCAAACACGGAAUCGUUCAUAGUAGAAACAAACCAUACUGCCAUCUCCCUAAAAAAAUUAUCAUUAAGUUAUGCCUGCAACAUUCCGGUAUAUAAAACAGACAACCCUCAACUAUUAAUAAUAGCUGACCAAAAUUACGCAGAUAGCUUUACACCAAAACAGAUCACACCUUUCAGCGCAGAUUUAUUGUCUUAUCUGAAUACUAAAUUUGUAUACCUCGAAUUCACUGUUAAAAGAACAACAACCAAGUUAUUAAUAAUUAAUACUACAAUUUAA